AUGGCGCACGCCGCGCCCGUUGACAUCGCCAAUGGCAAUGGCGUCGCCCUCGGCGCCCCUUCCAACAAGAAGGUCGCCUACUUCUACGACUCCGACAUUGGAAACUUUGCCUACGUCGCCGGCCACCCCAUGAAGCCCCACCGCAUACGACUCGCCCACAGCCUGAUCAUGAACUACGGCGUCUACAAGAAGAUGGAGAUCUACCGCGCGAAGCCCGCCACCCGCCUCGAGAUGACGCAGUUUCACACCGACGAGUACAUCGACUUCCUGCAGAAGGUCAGCCCCGAGAACAUGGAGAGCUACCAGCGCGAGCAGACCAAGUUCAAUGUCGGCGACGACUGCCCCGUCUUUGAUGGCCUCUUCGAGUUUUGCGGCAUCAGCGCCGGUGGCAGCAUGGAGGGUGCCGCCCGUCUGAACCGCCAGAAGUGUGACAUUGCCGUCAACUGGGCAGGAGGACUGCAUCACGCCAAGAAGAGCGAAGCUAGCGGCUUCUGCUACGUAAAUGAUAUCGUCCUCGGAAUUCUCGAGCUUCUACGAUUCAACAAGCGCGUGCUCUACAUUGACAUCGAUGUCCAUCACGGAGACGGCGUCGAGGAGGCUUUCUACACCACCGACCGGGUCAUGACCGUGUCGUUCCACAAGUACGGCGAGUACUUCCCCGGAACUGGCGAGCUUCGCGACAUCGGUAUCGGCCAGGGCAAAUACUACGCCGUCAACUUCCCGCUCCGCGACGGCAUCGACGACUCCUCGUACAAAUCCAUCUUUGAGCCUGUCAUCUCCAGCGUUAUGGAGUUCUACCAGCCCGACGCUGUGGUGCUGCAAUGUGGUGGCGACAGCUUGUCGGGCGAUCGCCUGGGUUGCUUCAACCUCAGCAUGGAGGGCCACGCCAACUGUGUCAAGUUUGUCAAGAGCUUCAACCUGCCGACCUUGGUACUUGGCGGUGGUGGUUACACUAUGCGCAACGUCGCCCGAACGUGGGCUUUCGAGACUGGCCUGCUUGUUGACGCCAACAUGGAGAAGGCUCUACCAUUCAACGAAUAUUACGAGUACUAUGGACCCGACUACGAACUCGCCGUCCGGGCCUCCAACAUGGAGAAUGCCAACAGCCCCGAGUAUUUGGAGAAGAUCAAGAACCAGCUGAUCGAAAACCUGAGGCGGACGGCACAUGCCCCCUCGGUACAGAUGCAAGACGUGCCGCCCGACUUCCCCCAGACCUUGACCGAGGAGGAAGAGGCGGAACUGGACGACAUGGACGAGGACGAGAGCAAGGACAUGCGCAUGACCCAGCGGCAGUGGGAGAAGCAGCGAGAGCCUGACAAUGAGUACGAGGAGAGCGACAACGAGGAGCUCGAGAGAGCGAACGGCAUCCACCCCCAAAACGGCAACGCUGGACGCAAGCGUCAGUUUACCGACUACCAAAAUCCCGAUCUAGCAGACGACAGUGGUGCGCCUACUCCGGUCGGCGGCAACAAUGCCGAGAAGGUCAUUCAAUCCAAGGAGGCGGACGAGGUCAUGGAGGAUGCACAGCCCGAAAAACCCUCGGAGCCCGAGGGUAUUGCCGAGGAACAGGAGCAGCUGAAAGAGGCACAGAAGUCCACCGAGGCCGCAGCGGAUGUCGACAAGGACGGCGAUGUCGAUAUGGGCGAGACUGUUCCCGAGAAGGAGGCCCCUAAUGACACGGAAGUGAAGAAGGAGGAAGCCAGCUCACCCAAGCCGGCGGCCGAUAGCGCCCAAAGCCCCCCGAAGCAGGUGGCGACUGCGGUCAUGAUACCUGAUGCCGAGCCCACGACCGAGUCGGCAACAGAAAAGGCAUCCUCAGACUCUGGCGACAAACCUGCCGAAGAGCCAGCCGGGGCCGAGGCCGAGACGGUUGCCCCGACAGAGGCGAAAGAACCGGAGGCCAGCGGAGACGCCAUGGAUGUCGAUGAACCGAAGGCAGACGAGGAGCCCAGCAAGGAGAAGGAGAAGAGCGCGGAACCAGCGCCUUCGACGGCGGACAAGCCUGAGGAGGGGAAGACUGAAGACGAGAGCGAGGCUGCAUCGUGA